UCAACUUGAUCAAGCGCACGGAAAGAGUACAAAGGCGAACAACCAAGUACAUUCUGGAUCUUCCUUUCUUCUGUGAGGUCAGUUACAACCAGAGACUUGAUAUGCUAGAUAUGAUUCCUGUAUGUUACUGGCACGAAUUUCUUGAUAUGAUUUUCUUCUUCAAAUGCACUCAUGAGAUGAUAGUCAUUAACAACGACCUACUACCAACAAUCCAGAAUAGAGAAAGAGCUACAAGAUUGCUGAUCCGAACUGUUUGAUGUUUACAACAAAAAAAUGCAAGACCACAACAUACCAGAAGUCAUUCCUGACGAGAGUGUGGAACAUUUUACCAAAAGACUUGACAGAUAAAAACACUACAUUUAACGGAUUUAAAAACAGACUUCUCAAACACUAUAAAUCUGCCUUACGAAAUGUUUACAACGCAGAGGAUCCUCGAACUUGGAAAUCUAUAUGUUUGUCUAUUUACGUCUCAUAACCUGUCUUGUCCCAUAUCGUGCUGUUGUUAGUUUUUGGGGGAAGAAGCAGAAUUCUCUGUCAGUCUGUGAACUGUGUUUAAAACCAGCUUGAAUAUUAAACAACGAUUAAAAUAUAAAUAUUCUGCAUGGUACGAAUUUAGUAAGCUUGAAUAUACAGAAAUUUUUGUAUAAGGAGAAAUUGGUGGGGUAUUCUGCUUUUAACCCCCGAUAUUUUAAAGUUUGUUUGUCUUGUAUUGUGUAAAGGGUCGCUGUAAUUGGCGAAAGUUGUAGCGUAUACCCAGCCAUGUCACUGUAUGUAUCGUUUAUGUUAAUGUAUGUAUAGCAAGUGAUUUUAAGUUGAUUUGGCAAAGCCUAAUAAAUAAAUAAAUAAGAGACACGACUCGCGAGAAAUUGCGCAGAGCAACUGCUGCGUGUUCAGACAUGCAGACCCUGGAACAUCACAUUAUCCACGGUUGACCUCCAACAAAGCAGCAGUUACCUAAACAACUCCAAUAUUUUUGGAACUUUAGAGAUGAACUCACCAUCGCUGAUAGCUUCAUACUCAAGUCGACCCGCAUCGUCGUUCCAGUGUCGUUGAGAGCCGAGACAUUAGAGGGGUUAAGAUACCCCGGUUUACGGGUACGGGUGAUAUACCCGUACCCGUAAGUCGGGGAACGACUUGUAACUUAAGAAAUCCAAGAUAUUCCGGCGUGAGAAAGCCUAUCAGAGAAUGGCAACUUUCGCUGUUGAAGUUCGCCAUAGAUUGUUGAAAACUUUGACGAGCAUAUGUUCAUUAUUUAUUUGGGUAAGAUGUUGAAACUUUUUACUAUUUAAACGGCCCACAAAUAGUAAACAGAAAUCACCCGUACCCGUUUGUCUUUUACGUGUAGACCAUGGUUUACCGCGGGGAAACGGGUAGAAAUUACGGGUAAAAAUGCUGACAUCAGCAAAAAUUGGUAAAGAAAAUGGCGCUACUCGUACCCGUAAACCGGAACCGGGGUAUCUUAACCUCUCUAUUAUACAUGUUCGAUUCGCCUGCCUCCCCCUCUACCCUCCCCACAGCGCCGGUUUUACACAGUGGCAGAUGCGGCAUAUGCCACGGGCCCCGCGCCUCCAGGGCCCCGCGAUUUAGGCUAGAAGUAUAUGAUGCUAUAUUAUUAAUUAUUAUUUAUAUUUUUAGCCUAGCGGGGCCCCUUACUCCUAGGUGGCGUGGGGCCCUUUAAUGUACUUGCCAAAUGCCACUAGAUCCAUCACUGGAUAAAUUAGUUAGCAGCGGAGCUUUGAUGUAUUUGAGGACAGUAUUUAGGGGCGGACCAUUAGAAAUCCCGGGAGGGGGGGGGUAUAAAAUUUUUGCGGCACGAUUUUUUUUUCAAGUCUCAUAUCUCUGCAGGUUCGGGUGUACAAUCACCGGAGGUUCGGAUGUACAAGCUCAUAUUAGAAAACAAACUAGAAACAGUAUUUCCAAAUAUAGAAGUCGCACUUCGUAUUUAUCUUUCUCUUAUGAUAUCUAAUUGCUCUGUAGAUAAUUUAAGACAUUAUUGACAUUACAGAUAGUUAUUGAGACUUAUAUAAAGUAUUGCGAACAGAAGAGCCCGCGGGCGCUGGGAUCGGGGGCUCAGAGAUAAGAGAAAAACAAAACAGUGAGAGAUUUUGUAAAUCAAAUGUGAGAGUUUCAAUGAAUUUAAGUUUAAAAUAAACAGUUUUGUCGAGUAGAAAUAUACGUUUCCGACAAAGUGGCGACCCCGAGCAGGAUUUUAGCCGAAAAUCACAACGAGAGAGCGAGAAAUAACAGCGUGAGUAAUCAAUAAAAACAUCGAAAAUUCGUGAGAUAUCGCCGCCAUCUUGAAAAUGUCAACUACCAACAAAGUAGAAGAGCUACUAAAACAAAUCGAUGGGAAACUUCGUAUGCUAAAAUUUACACAAGAAGAUACAGCAAGAGUACUGGAAGAUCAUAAGAUAAAAGCAAUGGAACGUCAUACAAGGGUUUUCGAAGAAUUAAUCGAACAGACUCAUAAGCUUAAAAUCGAAGUUCAACAAAUCAGAAUUGAGAAGGGAGAUACAGCAGAGGAAGUGAGGGAAUGGAGUCUUGAUAUCGAGAGCAAAGUUUCAGGUUUCGAAGAGGUAGCCGACGAGAUAAAAGAGACUAUUACGAGAGAACAUACUAAAGUCAAAAACGAGGAAGAGGAAAUCGAAAAGGAAAAACGAAGGUUACAUUUCGAAGAAGAGCUUAAAUUUGAAGAGACCAAAUUAGAAAUGAAGCAGGAGUAUGAGAAAAAGAUGGAGGAAGCACGCAUGAAAUCUGCUACAAGAAGUAACAAUGCUAAACUUCCUAAACUAGUAAUUACUAAAUUCCAAGGCACACACCUAGACUGGCAAAGAUUCUGGGGCCAGUUUGAGACAGAGAUAGACAAAGCCGAGAUAAGCCAAAUUGCAAAACUAUCAUAUCUGAAAGAACUCCUUGUUUCAAAAGCACGUACAUACAUUGAUGGACUUCCCUUCACCAUAGAGGGGUACGAACGAGCUAAGACCAUCCUCAAAACAAAGUAUGGGAAAACAAGUGAGGUAGCUAAUGCCCACAUGCAAAGUAUUGUAUCAUUGCCUGUCGUUAAAGGGACACAACCCAAGAAGAUACAUGAGUUUUUUGAGUCGUUAGUCACGAACACCCAAGCCCUUGAAACUAUGGGUAAACUCAGUCAAGUACAUGGGUUUGUCAGACCAACCCUUGACAAACUCCCUGGGAUUCGAGCCGACUUAGUAAGAUUGGAUGAUGAGUGGCAGGAUUGGGGUUUCACUCAACUGGUAGAGGCCCUGAGAAAAUGGUGUGAAAGAAAUCCAAUCGUAAUCGAAGAGAAGCCUGAUCACGGAGGAAGUGACACUGGGGGCUCAAAAGUCAAAUCUGGUAGAUUCUUCCAAGUCAACCAACAACAAUGGAAGCCAAAGCCCUGUGUAUACUGCAAUUCAGACCAACAUAAAUCUGUAGUUUGUGAUAAGAUAGUAGAUGUGGCUUCUAGGAAGAAAGAACUAGCAGCGAAAAAACGUUGCUUCAAUUGUACAGGUCUGAAGCACCGGGCUUCAGAAUGUCGAAGUUUAGCUACCUGUCUGAAGUGCAAGGCUAAACACCACACAUCAAUAUGUGAUCAAGUACAACAACAACAACAAAUGAUGCUUGCAACUGCCAAUGGCAGAGUCAUGUAUCCAGUGGUAGUUGUAAUAGUCGAUGGUGUAAAAUGUAGAGCGUUGCUGGAUACGGGGGCUGGGAGCUCUUACAUCUCAGCUGGUUUGGUUAAGCUCCUUCGCAAGAAACCCAACAAAACCGAGUACAAGAGAAUUGAUAUGAUGUUAUGUUCUACCAGUCAGAAGAUAGAGAGUUACAAUGUGAAGGUCUCCAAUGUUCAAGGAACUUUCGAAAUGAAUAUUCAAGCAAGCAAAGUUGACAAGGGGGUACUGUUGUCUAUACCAAACCCACAUUACAGUAAAAUCAUCAGUCAGUAUGAGCAUUUGAAAGAAGUGUCAAUGGACGAUAAUGACACUAAACCAGAAUUACCUAUUUCUAUGAUAUUGGGAGCUAGUGAUUUCUCGAGAAUAAAGACCAACACACAACCCAAGCUCGGACAGCCCGGAGAGCCUGUUGGAGAACUCACGACACUCGUUGGACUAUUAUGGCAGCUGGCGAAGAAGCAGAUCUCAGCAGUGUGUACUUCACCAAAUCUUCAGCAGCAAAUUACGAACAGCUAUGCAGCCUGGAUGUACUUGGCCUCCAAGAUCAACCCAACGAAAGCCAACAAUCGGUGUACCAAGACUUCAAGCAACAACUACGACGCAGCGAGGAUGGCUGGUACGAAACCGGGUUACUAUGGAAACCUAGACAUGACGAGCCUUUACCAACCAACGAAUCCAACAGUUUGGGACGGUUGAAUAAUUUACUGAAGAAAUUGCAACGCGAUCCAGAAAUGCUUGACCAGUACCACAAAAUCAUCCAAGAUCAGUUGAAGGAAGGGAUUGUUGAGAAAGUAACCGAUGAUCCCGUGAAGAAUGCGUAUUACAUUCCACACAAACCUGUCAUCAGGAAGGCAGCGGAAUCUACUAAGAUACGGAUUGUCUACGACGCAUCUGCUAAGGCCUCGGAGAGCAGUCCAUCGUUGAACGAUUGCUUGGAGACAGGUCCUCCCCUCCAGAACUUGUUGUGGGAUGUACUUGUCAGAAAUCGCCUGAAACCCGUAGCCUUGUCUGCAGAUAUCAAACAAGCAUUCCUACAAGUAAGAAUUCGGCCUGAGGAUAGAGAUUCGCUCAGGUUUCACUGGAUUAAGGACAAAGAGACGUUGACAAUUGAAGUCCUGCGAUUCACUCGCGUGCUCUUUGGUCUUGUGCAAUCACCAUUCUUGUUAGGAGCAACAAUCCAACAGCAUUUGGAAGUUAUACGCGAAAAAUAUCCGUCGGAAGUUGAAGAGAUAAUGCGAAGCCUCUAUGUUGAUGACAUUAUCUCAGGUGGAGAAACCAGAGACGGUGUACACAAAUUGAAAGGAACGGUGAAGGAGAUAUUUGGACAGGCAAAAUUUGACCUACACAAAUGGCAUUCUAACGUGUGUGAACUGGAGGAAAACGACGAGCAAACACCUACCGUUCAGAGUUAUGCAAAAGAUCAACUUGGAGUGAAACCAGGUGAAACCAAAAUGCUUGGACUUCCAUGGGAUAAAGUGGAAGACACAAUUUCAAUAUCCUUUCCCCAGAAAACAGCAGCGACUACCAAAAGGGAGAUAUUACGCUUCCUUGCCUCAAUCUACGACCCUCUGGGACUUGCCUCACCCGUCGCACUCGUAGGGAAGCUCAUUUACAGAGAGGUGUGUGAUCAAAAGUUGCCGUGGGAUAAGGAGAUACCUCAACAACUGUCGACUCGUUGGCAGAAGUUUCAGCAAAACCUUCCCGAGGAACUAGAUUUCCCACGAAGCCUGACCAGCCUUGAGGAGCCAAUCGAAGCCGUAGAUCUACAUACGUUCGGAGAUUCCAGCAAAGACGGAACAUCAGCAACUGUGUACGCUGUGGUACAUCAAAAGUCUGGCAUCAGCCAAGGAUUGAUCGCAGCAAAAUCCAGAUUGGCGAAGAAAGAGUUGACCAUCCCGCGACUUGAACUUGUUUCAGCACAUAUGGCAACUAACUUGGUCGAGAAUGCAAGAAAUGCGCUUGAUGGAUACCCUGUCAGAUCAGUCACCGGAUGGUUGGACAGUACAGUGGCCCUGUACUGGAUCAAAGGACAUGGCGCCUACAAGCAAUUUGUUUCAAACAGAGUCAAGAAGAUUAACGCCAAGGAAUAUAUCAAUUGGAGACAUGUGAGAACGGAUGAGAACCCAGCCGACCUGGGAAGCCGAGGAUGUACGACAGCGAAGUUACCAGAAUCUUGGUUAACAGGACCAGAUUGGCUGUCAAAACCCGAUGAAUGGCCAGCUGACAUACAUAACAAGCCUAGCAAAGAGUCUGAAACUGAAUCGAAGCCUAUCAAGGAACUGUUGGUAACCGCUGUGUGUGCGAUGGAUGAUCUGGACGAGCUAUUAGAGAAUCGUAGCUUUUGGAAGGCAGUGCGUGUCUUCGCGUGGAUCGUCAGAUUUAUCUGCAAUUGCAAGUUUUCUAAGGCUGAACGGACAUAUGGGCCUUUAACGACAGCUGAAACGGAAGCACGAGUUCAGUUCUGGGUGAAAAGAGCGACCGAAGCACACAGUGAAACGGAACAGUUCAAAGAAGAUAAGUUGAAGCUGAACCUACAACGAAAUCCUGAUGACCUUUACGAAUGCCGUGGAAGAAUUCAAGGAAACUUCCCGAUAUAUCUACCUCCAAAUGCGCUCACUACUACAAAAAUCAUUCACAACGCCCAUGUUCAAAGCCUUCACGGGGGAGUGGGAUCAACAAUGGCCUACACGAGACAAAAAUACUGGGUACCUCGGCUGAGACAGCUAAGCAAGAAAGUCAUAAGGAACUGUUAUGGCUGCAAGAAGUUCCAUACUUCCACAUUUCAUCACCCUCCUGUCGGACCCUUACCCACAGAUCGAACAGUCGGAUCAGUGCCAUUCGAAGUCCUGGGCAUAGACUACGCUGGUCCUAUAACCUAUAGAUCUAGCAAGAAAAGAAUUGGCAAAGCGUACAUUCUCUUGUUCGCCUGCAGCCUAAACCCGUGCCAUUUACCUGGAACUUCUUCCGGAUCAGACGGCGGAAAAUUGCAUCAGGAGCUUGAAGCGGUUCGUAGCGAGAAGGGGCAGACCAAAGAAAAUCUAUUCGGAUAACGGAAAGACCUUCAAAGCAGCAGCAAAUUGGAUAAGAAAGGUAAUGAAACAAGAACAGUUUCAAAACUUCCUCGCCCGUCAAAAUAUCGUUUGGCAGUUCAACCUGAGCAGGGCUCCUUGGUGGGGAGGCCAGUUUGAGAGGAUGGUGGGCCUGGUAAAAAGAGCACUAUACAAGAGCAUCGGACGUGCUAAUUUGCAAUGGGGAGAGCUUGAAGAGGUGAUCCUGGAUGUAGAAAUAGCGGUUAACAAUCAGCCUUUGGGCUAUGUCGAGGACGAUGUUCAAUUUCCUACCCUAACGCCAAACUCAAUGCUGUUUAUGCAACCUAACCUACUUCCCGAAGAAGAAACUAGUGAUGUCGAAGGCGUAGAGCUGAGGAAACGAGCAAGGCAUUUAUCGAAGUGCAAGGACGCAGUAUGGUCUCGAUGGACAAAAGACUACAGAAACGGACUGAGAGAACGGCACAAUCUGAACAAGGGGAAAGAAGUAAGCAUUAAAGUAGGAGAUGUAGUUUUGAUCCAAAACAACGAACGGAAUCGUGGAAAGUGGAAUGUCGGUAUCGUAUUUAUGCUUAUAAAAGGAAAGGACGGUGUAGUAAGAGCUGCGAAACUCAGAGCAGGGAAGUCCUAUUUGGAACAUGCCAAUUCAGCAGUUAGCCCCAAUGGAACUGACAUGUGAUAAUCCGCCAGUAGGGCCAGAAGAGAAACAAGCAACCUUGAAUGUGAAAGCGAGAGAGUUUCUACCGAAAAGACGAGCAGCUGCAGCCGCGGAGGAACGAAUCAAAAGUAUCGCUGAAGAAGAUGAACUUGAACACUAAUCGAACAGAACAUACAUUUGAUUCCUUCGGAAUCAAAUGGGGGGAGAGUGUAGAUAAUUUUAGAUAUUAUUGACAUUACAGAUGGUUAUUAAGACUUAUAUAAAGUAUUGCGAACAAAAGAGCCCGCGGCCGCUAGGAUCGGGGGCUCAGGUAUGAGAGAAAAACAAAACAGUGAGAGAAUUUGUAAAUCAAAUGUGAGAGUUUCAAUGAAAUUAAGUUUAAAAUAAACAGUUUUGUCGAGUAGAAAUAUACGUUUCCGACACUUAGAAGAAACUGCAAUGAUCAUUGUAUACUCUGUGCUUUUGUAAAUGUUUAGGCUAAAUCCCAACAAGAUUCUUGUGAGGAAGAACUAGCAGAUUUGCUGAAGGCAUAUGAUAUCAGCGAAGACAAUAUUGUAAGAUUUGUGCAAGAAAUGCAAAAGUUUGCAAAUGGUAAGUUAUAGUCAUUGCAUUUAGCAAUUAGCGAUAAGACCAUAUUUUCUUCAUGCCACUUUUAAACAUCCGAGAAUACUUCCUGUUGUACUGUGCUCAUUUUCGGUAUUUCGACACUAUAGUGUUCUACAGUACUUUACUAUUAGUAUGGUAUUUACAAUAUUUUUUCUCUUUCAAUUUAAGGCAAGGAAGAUCCAUCUUCACCUUUGUUGCCAGGUGAAGAGUAUUUUAUAUUGACAAAUUUUGAAAAAGACCAAGAACCAUAUAUGGCUGGCAGCAGAAGAAGCAUACAGUAAAAUGUAUCUGAAAAAGUGGAAAGAGUUGUUGCAACAUCAAGGUGAUGAAAAUUACUUAACUUGCUUGACUUCAAAGGAUAUGGCCUUGCCAGUUGAUCACAGGGCUGUUGUUGAAGAGAAAACUGGAAUGUUUUUUGAAAGAGAAAUGGAAAGCUGUUACUAUGACAUAGUGCAUUAUGGCCAUAAUAUGAAUAAACUUUUUUACUAAAAGUAAUCAUUAAAUCCAAAUAUCUUAUGUACCUUAAUUAUUAAAGCUCAUAUAUCUUAUAGAUUCAUCAAAACGGCGGACUAAAAUAAGAAGGAAGAUCUCUAAUUUAAAACAAGAGAUGAUUUGUCUUCAUGCGCAGUACUGCUAUUUGCCACAUGUCAUACCUUUUCUCUUAUCUGAUGUUGAAGUUGGAACGUUUUUUUCUUCUUUUCUUUAAACAAUAUAUAAACUUUACAUUUGUUUCAAAAGCAGCUAGGGCUUAUCGAGGAAACUUAUGUAAUUUAAUAUACAAAAUUUUUUUAAAAAGAAAGGAGAAUAGGAGAAAAAAUACAGAACAGUUUGUUAAAACCUAACUAUUAUAACCAUACAAAUAUAUAACUUACACAUGUAACACAGAUAUACAAACGCGCGUAUAUACAAUAUAUAUAUAUAUAUAUAUAUAUAUAUAUAUAUAUAUAUGAAGACGGCCUAAACACACAGGCAUCAACAUACAUAAAGAGGAACACAAUUUUGCAAUGAUUAAUGAGAAAACCUAUUAGUUUCAGCAAUAUAUGUUUGAACUAUUGUGAACAAAUGACUAUUUAUACAAAAGGAAUUACUUGGAAUACCACUCAACAUCCAGUUCAAUUUAGUUCAAUUGGAUGCAUUCGACCAAGUAUUUCCUAUUAACCAAGCGGCAGAGAUAAGCAAAAUGUUGCGAGGAGCAGUGUAACGGUUGCAAUGUAGAAAAAAAUGUUCGACUGUCUCAUCUGAUAUUCCACAAGCACACAGUGGUGAGGGAACACAAUUCAUGCGAUAUGAGUUGUAAUUUAGCACACUGUUGCCUAACCUUAAUCUUGUAUGGAGUACAGCUAGAUAACGAUUACCAAAAUAGUACAGGCGAUUAUGAACAGGAUACUUGUUCCAUUUAAUUACUCUUUUGUUAAACACAGCAAGAUUUUGACAAUUUCGAACUUCUACAGGCAGUAAAUUCCAUAAUGUAAUCACAGAUGGUAGAAAUGAUUUUUUGUGCCGUUCAGUACGAGAGGGAGGUAUACUAAGGUUAUAAUUAGUACGGAGGUUAUAAUUCGUCCUACUAUUGUUAGUUAUAGGACAUAAUUCGGAUAAAUAUAUUGGAAUUAAGUUAUUUAAAAGCUUGUACAUCAUAAUCAAUUUGUGAUCUUUGUGUCUAUUUUUUAAAGUAACCCAUGACGUCUCACAAAGCAAAUUUUCCCUAUGCGUACCCUUCAUAGCACCAGUAAUAAUCCUAGCCGUUUCAAACUGAAGACUUUCAAGAUCAGAAUCAGAGUCAAAACAGCCAUCCCACACAACAUCUGCAUAUUCUAAGGUGUUGAAUGCACAAAUGAUUUAUAAAGUGAUUCAAGUGCCGACCUUCUUAAUUUAAAUUUAAGACCUUGUAUCAUAUUAAAUUUAUUCGAAGCUUUUUGGUAAAUUUUCCAAAUAUGAGAACUCCAGGAAAGAUUACAAGUGAGAGUCACACCCAGAGGAGGAGUGGUCACUAUUGUUCAGAAGGCGCUAGAAUAGUGCGAGAGAUUCGCGUGGCAGUCGUCAUGCGAGGAACUGUCCUCGUGAAAAACCAGUUUGACCGGGUUCUGGGGAAUUUACUUUGUUGUUGUUUUAUCGAGGAUUUUGAUUGGGCGACUAUUUUGAAAAGAACAUUUAAUAUUAUACUUUUCUUACUAUUUUUUGUAAACCAUUAUUUUAAAUACAUUUUAUUGAAAACUUCACAAGUUCUAUCAAUAUCAUGGCUACAUUUAUGGCGAUCCUGCCGGGACAUAUGGCAAAUUUGAAGGGAAAUUUAUCGAUCGAAAAACGUGAUUGAGUCGUGCGUGGUUUUGUGGACUUGUGUUAAACGUUAACAGUUAUAGUAUCGGACUCUGACUAUCGUCGUAAAAAUCAGAAAAAAUGAGUGACAAUGAGGAAGUUCAAGGACAGGAAAAGACGGUCGAGACAAGUGGAAGUUCAGCCAGUGCAAAGGAUGAUAAGCAUGAAAGUUAUGAAAGAAUUCUCGAACUGAAACGUAACAAGAGGUAAAAAAAAACAGCGGUGACUAAAGUCUGACACAGUUUGGAAAGAUUAUGUGCAAAAAAAGGUGAGCUUGACAUUCAAUCAAUAGAAGGGCAAAUUGAAGGUUUAUGGAGUUGCUAGAGCAAAGCAUGAAUGUUAUGGAUGAGCUCAGUCAUGCUUAUAUGCAAAUUGGUAAAUAUGACAGUAAUGCAACAACGAAUACAGAGGCAGAAAAUUUUGAAUCUGAAACAUUACCAGCAAUUGAAAGGGCGGAGGGUGCAAUUAACAAAUUUUUGCAAGUAAAAUCAAAACAAGCAAGUGAACCAGUCAGUAUUGUAAACACUCAACACACACCAACAAGUCAACAGAAUUUGUUAGCAGCAAAAAGUAAUACGGGAAAUAACAUUGGGGUAUCAAAACAUAAGCUUGACCCAGUUAAAGUGCCUGUGGUCGACAAAACAUGUUUCAAGGACUUCUGGAAACUAUUCAGUAGUUUAGUGGAUAGCGGAAACGAGCCAGCCAAUAUCAAAAUGGCCAGAUUGCGUCAGAGUUUAAAAGGAACUGCACUUGAAGCGAUUCGAGGGUUGGGGCUUUCUUUGCCUGAAUACGAGGAGGCUAAGGAAAUUCUGAAGACAAAGUUUGGGGGGCGAAGGCAACAAUUGCAGGCUUAUAUGGAUCAGCUAGAGGCAAUGCCUUCCCUGAAGGGUAGUGAUGUGCAGGGCUUUGAGAGAUUCGCAGAUCUUGUCCGGAUAACCGUUGUUAAGUUGCAGGCAGAGGGUCGGGAUGGAGAGUUGGGGGAAGGUAUGUUGCAUGGUUUGUUGGUCAAAAAGCUUGCAGAAAGACAGGUUGAAAGCUAUAGUCUUUGGCUUAGGGAACAUAAAAAGGAGAGGUCAGUGUUAAGCUUGAAGGAUUGGUUGAAGGAAGAGAUUAGGGUGAGAGUGGAAGCUGUGGAAAUGGUUCAUGGUGUUGAAGGUAUGGAUUUGUCAUUGAAAAGGAAUGAAGCUGGUGGGGGAAAGUUUAGAUAUGGCAAUAGAGGUCGGUCCCGUACACUAUUUGCUGCUCGUGGUGGAGUUGGUGGUGCAUUGUGUGAGGGGAACCAUGGUAUAUGGUCUUGCCAGUGGUUUCAGGAUAUGAAGGUUCAAGAUAGAUGGAAUAUAGCUAAAGUUAAGCACUUGUGCUUUCGCUGUCUUGGGAGUGACCACCAGGGAAAGGCAUGCCUUAGGUCCAAAGCCUGUAAGACUGAUGGUUGUACAAAGAAUCACCAUGCCCUGCUGCAUGAUUCUGCCCCACAAGUUAAACGCCCAGACGACAAGAAUCCGGUUGUUCCACGGGAGGGGGAAACUGAUUCCCGCACACAUACAACAACGCAUGAUACCCCAGCCACUGAAGCACUCUCACUACGAACAAUUUCGGUAUGGUUGAAAGUGAACAAUCGAAAGGUGAAAGUUAAUGCGCUACUCGAUGAUGCGUCAAACGAGACGUUCCUUAAUGCUGAGGUUGCAGGAGU